AUGAAUACCAACGGGACGGAAACCAAACAGACAAACGGCCAAAGUGAACGCCCACGAUGCGGGGAUGUCUUCCUCUUCAGCCAUGCAAGGACACUGUCGAAUGUUUUCUGUCGCCUGCUCUCAGCCCAGCCAGGCUGGGUUCAGUCUGAAUACCAUUUCCAGGAAGCGUUCAUGUUCGCACGCAGUUCCUUUAACUGGGCUCCUCUCACAGAUAUAACCACCGAGCAGCGCGAACAGUUCUUCGAUCUGUUCUACCAGGGCAUGGAUGCCCUACAAAAGGCUCGAGAUGAUGCUGUGGCAGAGGGUAAACAUCUCCUUGUAAAGAAUCACACGUUCUUCGUCUGGGAGCCAUCUGCCUUGUCGCAGAUCAUAUGGGGAGGAAAGAAAACGUCCCCCUUGGCCGUGCUACCUCGACAGUCCGUUGCGGAGGGUGUAAGAACCAACGGAACUAUUUUCUCAGACGAGUUUCUGACUUCUUGGAAACCGGUGUUUCUGAUCCGUCAUCCUGCUCUCGUCUUUGAGUCAUGGUACAAGGCAGAAAUCCGCGUAAAGCCCAUCGAUAUACUGGACAAGACAUGGUCUUACAUGACGACCUUCCGGUAUUCUCGCCAACUAUAUGACUGGUACAUGUCGAGUCUCUGCGACGAUGCUAAAAGGGAAAUGGAUAAACCUCGUCCGAUCGUCGUGGAGGCAGAUGAUAUACUAAGCGGUGAAUGUUUGGCUGAGGUGUGUAGGCAGUGUGGUAUGGAUGUUGAACAUAUUGUGUAUGAGUGGGAGAAGACCAAUCCUAACGAGCGGAAGGUUCUCACGGAGCGCCACUUUAGUUAUAUGGGUGACCUUUGGGCCUCGACGGGACUUGAUAGAUCCAAGUCUUCAGAAGGGUUGGACAUGCAGGUUAAAUAUGGGAAGUGGAAGGAGGAGUUUGGAAUUGUGGUGGCAGAUGAGCUGUAUAGACUUGUAGAAGACGCCAUGCCGGAUUUUGAAUACCUGAAGAGUAAACGUAUAUGA